GAUUACGAAUUAAACGACCCAAAGCAAAAUUCAUUUUUGGAUUCCUUCCCGCUCCUUUGGAUCUCGCUGCAGCUAGGAAACUCUCCGGGGCCGGCCACCGCCCAUACAACAAGAUCAGAAGAGAUCUCUCGCCGGCCAUCUGCUCUAAAACAAAAGAUUGGCGUUUAUGUUGAUUUUCAUUGCAUGGGGCGGCGACAGGCAACAACCUUAUUUCUUCUGCUCCUUUCACUUGGAUUGUUCAUCACAACCUACAAUUCGAUUGUGAUGACCUCCCACCUCAAAAGACACGACAAGUCGAAUAACCUUAAAACUAGGAAUUCUAAAUUCCACAUUGCGGUCACAGCUGAUAGUACCACGUACUGCAAAUGGCAGAUGCGGGUCAUGUACUAUUGGUACAAGAAACAAAAAGACUUACCCGGGUCGGAUAUGGGGAAGUUUACCCGAAUUCUUCAUUCUGGUGCUCCCGAUAAUCUGAUGGAUGAAAUCCCUACCGUUGUUGUCUACCCCCUUCCAAACGGAUGGGAUAAGAAUUAUGUGGUUCUUAAUAGACCAUGGGCGUUUAUGCAAUGGAUCGAGGUUGCUACUAUUGAUGAAGAUUACAUAUUGAUGGCAGAGCCGGACCACAUUUUCACACGGCCACUGCCUAAUUUAGUUUCCGGGGAGCUCCCAGUUGGAUAUCCAUUUUUCUACAUUACACCUUCCAAACAUGAAAGAAUCAUAAGAAAGUUUUAUCCCGAAGAAAAAGGUCCAUUGACAGACAUUGAUCCAAUUGGGAAUUCCCCUGUAAUUAUUCGGAAGGAUUUGCUCAAGAAAAUCGCACCAACUUGGCUAAAUAUGUCUCUAAGAAUCAAAUACGAUGAGGAGGCUGAUAAAGCUCUUGGCUGGGUUCAGGAAAUGUAUGCAUAUGCUAUUGCUUCUGCUAUGCACGAUGUGCGACAUCUUCUCCGGGAAGAUUUUAUGAUUCAGCCUCCAUGGGAUCUGAAAAUGGGAAACACAUUCAUUUUGCACUUUACAUAUCAGUUGGACUACACCAAGGGAAAGCUGACUUUUGGGGUUCCUGGAGAUUGGGGAUUUAACAAGAGAACAUAUCUCAAUGUAACUCCUCCUAGAGAUCUCCCUUUGCCUCCUCCGGGAGUACCCGAAAGCGUGGUGACUCUCAUGAAGAUGAUAAAUGAAGCUACUGCCAACCUUCCUAGCUGGGACUCUAUGCAAUGAAGCUACUCGAGUACGGAAAAGAAUUGCUUAUUGGCCUUACGUAAUGGAGGAGAAAAGUGUUUACAGAAAAUUGUGGGAUUAUGUAAAAUUGACUUCCUGCUAGUGCUGAUUAGCAACUUGCAUUUGGGCACUAACUUAUACCUUUGGGAUUAGGAAGUGUACAUACCAAGGCCAUCCUGUUUUUUAGUGUUUUGGGAGCUUAAGAGCCCGUUUGGUAAAACUGAAAUCGGUCGAAUCUUGUGACUCUGUUGAAAUUUAUGAAGUUCUAACAGAAGUGGCUGUAUUGUCU